AUGACGGCUUUCGAAGAAAUGGGCAUCAUGCCCGAGAUAGGUAAAUCUUUGGAAGAAAUCGAUUGGCUUUUACCAACCAAUAUUCAAGCUGAAGCCAUUCCAUUGAUACUUGGUGGUGGUGAUGUUUUGAUGGCAGCCGAAACUGGUUCUGGAAAAACCGGUGCUUUUUGUUUGCCUGUCAUUCAGAUUGUAUGGGAAACAUUGAAUGCAAAAUCAAAAUCGGAUAAAUCAGAAGUAUCGGAUAAAUGUUUAUUUAGUCCGUAUGAUAUCGAUCCAAAUCUAUCAUUGGCAGCUGAUUUGCUUUCAGCACAAAGCAAAGUAACCAAUCAAUGGCAAGGAGUACGAGCGAAUAAAGCUGUGAAAAAGUGUAGAGGAAAAAAGAAUCGAUUCUAUUUUGAAAUAGAAUUUACUUCACCUGGCCUGGCACGAGUUGGUUGGGCAUUAGAGAAUGGUUCUCGUGAACUUGGUACCGAUCGUUUUGGUUGGGGCUAUGGUGGUACGGCCAAAAAAAGUAAUGCACGAAAUUUCGAAGAUUAUGGAGAAAAAUUCGGUGAUAAAUUCGAUGUUAUUGGAAAUAUAAUCGAUCUGGAUUAUGGUACAAUUUCAUGGACUAAAAAUGGACAAGAUUUAGGUGUCGCUUUUCAGAUUGCUCAACAUCUUUGUGAACAGAAUCAUUUUUUUCCUUGUAUUUGUAUCAAAAAUGCCGGAUUGAAAGCCAAAUUUCAGAGCGAUCAAAACGCUCCAUUCGGUUGUACAUGGAUUGGCCAAUUAGGAUCGGAUCAAAUUGUGAAUAAUACAUGUUUUGCAGUCAGCUCAGCUAAUGAUAAUAGCCCAAAAGCGUUGAUUCUUGAACCAAGUCGUGAAUUGGCCGAACAAACACAUAAUUGUAUUGUGAAUUUUAAAAAAUAUCUUUCCGGUGAUAUUCGUCAAUGUUUGUUGGUUGGCGGUCUUAGUGCCAAAGAUCAAAUGCAUCAAUUACAAGCUGGUGUCGAUAUUGUCACUGGUACCAUUGGAAGAGUAAAUGAAUUGGUCAAUUCGGGUCAUUUAUCAUUAAAAUCAUGUCGUUUCUUCAUCAUCGAUGAAGUAGAUGCAUUCCUUGCACAGGGAAGUAUGCAAACCAUACUUCAAUUACAUGGCCGUAUACCACGAAUGUUUCCCGAUGGUAAACGUUUGCAGAUGAUUGUCUGUUCAGCUACGUUACAUAAUUUUGAUGUCAAAAAAUUGGCUGAACGAGUAAUGUUUUUUCCGAACUGGGUUGAUCUAAAAGGCGAAGAUUCUGUACCGGAUACUGUACAUCAUGUUGUAGUACGUGUUGAUCCACGUAAAGAUAAUUCAUGGAUGAAUUUACGAAAUUCAAUCACAACCGAUGCUGUUCAUGAAAGAGAUAUACGAAAUUAUAAAAAUCCGGAUAAAGAUACAUUGAGUGAAGCGGUCAAAAUUUUAAAAGUCGAUUAUGUCAUCAAAGCGAUCGAUACAUUACAGAUUGAUUGUGCCAUUAUUUUUUGCCGUACAAAACUUGAUUGCGAUAAUCUUGAAACAUAUUUCAAUCAACAAUCAGCUAAACUUUGUAAAGAUUAUUCCUGUGUUUGUUUACAUAGUGAUCGAACACCACAAGAACGACAAGCUAAUCUUGAAACAUUUAAAAUGAAAAAAUGUAAAUUUUUAAUUUGUACUGAUGUUGCUGCUCGUGGUAUCGAUAUUACUGGCAUACCUUUUGUAUUACAAGUAACACUUCCGGAUGAUAAGGCCAAUUAUUUACAUCGAAUUGGUCGAGUUGGCCGUGCCGAACGAAUGGGUCUGGCCAUUAGUUUUGUAUCGAAUGUACCGGAAAAAGUUUGGUAUCAUGCCAAUUGUCGUACAAGGGGUAAAAAUUGCUGGAACACUCAACUAGUUGAACAAGGUGGAUGUUGUAUUUGGUAUAAUGAAAUUCAAUUAUUGGCCGAUAUUGAAGAACAUUUAAACUGUAUCAUAUCUGAAAUUGGUAUAGAUUUUAAAUUAGAAGUAAAUGAAUUUGAUGGUAAAGUAGUGUAUGGAGCUAAACAAUCAUCAAAUGUUGGUGGUUAUACAUACAAAGAUCAUGUAGCACAAAUGGCCAACAAUGUACAACAAUUAUAUGAUCUCGAAUCGAAAGCUCAACUGGUUCAUCUUGGUCUUUAUUAUUAAUGUAUAAAUUGUAUUUUUCAAAUCAAAUAAAAUUUAAAAAUUUUUUUUUCAAAA